GCUAGUUCCUCGCCGUCUUGACUGCGAUUAACCAGUUUUCUUCAUUUUGAGUUUACGGACGUUUUUCUUGCUAUCUACAUUGCGAACACAGAAGGUCGAAGGCACAGUCUCUUUUUAAACACUUGCUGAUCAGAUUCACUUUGGUAAUGGGUGCCCUUGGAAACGGUCGCCGUGGUGGAAGAUCACCGCCUCUUUUGAUUGGUGCUCUGAUUGCCUGCGUUCUUGUUUUGGGAUUUAACUACUGGGUCUCAAACUCACGGAACAUAGAGCUACAGACGAGGCUGUACGAUCUUGAGGGGUCCGUGAGACGGGCGGCCGCCGAGCAGGCAGCGGUAGAGCAGAAGAAGAACGAGUUCCAGGAACAGCUGCAGAGACAAAUUGAGCAGAUCAACCGCAUCGAGGCGGCACACAAGAAACAGCUGGAGAACACACAGGCAUCCUGGAUGGAGGAGAAGGCUAACCUGCUUCUCAACAUCUCCUCCAGUACUAAAACAAUACUAACCAUGAAAGCUCAGUUUAAUGCUCUGUUUGACAAUUUGGGGAAAAUACAGAAAGAACUCCAGGACUGUCAGAGCAACCAGAGCAUACUGAACAAGAAACUGACUUAUGACAUGACGCAGUGUAAUGCACAGAUUGUGGCUCUGAAAGAGGAGUGUGGUUCAAAGGUGGCUGUGGCUAAACAGGAGGCAGAGAAGAAACCGGAGAAGAAAAGCACUCCUGUCAUUCCCCCCUCCCAGGCCAAGGUCACAGGAGAAGGCAUGGCUGAGAAAGUGGGCCAAGACGACACAAAGAAAGCCUCUGUACAAGCCCAGAAAAUCAGUCAAACUCCCUCAAACCCAGACUCUCACAAAACCAACCUGUCUGAACUGGAAACCAAUGACAUUAUUCUCAAUAAAGAUGGUGAUGCUCUGGUGUCCUUGUCUGGGAAGGAUCUGACCAAUCCGGAGAGGAAGCUGGUGCCUGUGGACGGGAAGCAGAGUGAUGCUCCACAGCAGGGGGGCAUAGCCGAUAUCCCAAACAGACUCAGUCCAGAGGAGCUAGAGGUGCUCGACAUGCAUGAUGAGGCCCUACCAGCACAGGGGUUGGUCCCUAAAGAGAAACCUGGAGAUUACAAUGGAGAGGAGCAUAAUAAAGAGAAGUCCAAGAUGGAGAAACAGACCCAGCUCACAGGUAACACAGGUAAAGUGCUGGACACAAAUCAGGCGGAACAAGAACUGGAGGACGAACUGGCAGACUAUAACGGUGAUGAGGAAAACGUCGGAGAGUUCGAGGCAGACAAACAAGCUGAGCUCGCUGAAAUCUGAGAGAGGCAGUGUGGCGGAGCUGUGGCCCAGCAGCCUGAAAGUCUGUUUGCUCUACAGGAAUACAGCGGAGGGUGUCAUGAUGAAAGCACAGAUACGUCUUUAACACAGUGACAAAUUCAAGCUGACUGUAAAAGGAAGACUAACUCGCUUUAUAACCAAGGAAAUAUUUAUUGAAUUUCUGCUCUUCCAGUUGCAGAAUCCUGCUCGUGUGUUGCCUUAACUUCCUGGAUUGUCCAAAAUGAAUGUAUCUUUACUAGGGACCUGGUAGACAUGCACUACUGUAAACUAUGAAGAAAAUGCACAAAGCAUGUUACAAAAUACAGUGGCGGCUUUAUUGUGCUUGCAGCUAUAUACUUUACCUUCAUAGUGUGGAAAGCAGAACAGGUAUAUAUGAAGGCCCGUAAAGUAUGUACCUAAUACACUUGUAUAGCAUAUAUAUAUACACGUGUGGACUGGUCCAACCUUUAUGCAGAGUAGCCCAAUAAUAUUUCAUGCAUAAUUCAGUUAGUAGACUUUUUUUCUCACAAGAGAUUUUUUUGUGAACCUGUUCUGCUUUCCUGGUGUGAAGAAUCUCUUCGUCCAUCUCCUUGUUGGCUCCUGCACUGUGGUGUCUAAACCCCAUGUUCCGCCCACCAGCAGGAGAACAAAGCAGGAGCUUCUCAGUCUGUCGUCAGGACACACCCCUUUUUCUACUAAGUCUGUCCUUGUGUCUAAUAACCCAUAGGUGUAAUUUUCAGGAAAGCUUUUCUCUAGAAUGAAUAUGAUUGGUUUAUUUAUAUGUUCCCCACUGUCCACUUUCUGUAUCCCUCCAGUAAGCUUCCUUUUAUCAGCUGAUUUUACUUCCAUAGGGACACUACCUUGCUUUUUGUCUCCGGGUCCAGUUUUAGUAAAAUGUUUUUGUGAAACUGUAUGAAAAUGAAAUAGACAUGUUUUGUCUUGUAUUCACCUUGUGUAGUGUGUAAGCACCCUGCUGGGGCUUUUAGUUUUUAUUGUUUUCCAUGAUUACCAUGCUGAUGUUUUUUUUUAUAUAUAUUCCUGUAAAUGCGAGACCGUUUGUUUUAUUUGGAUGAUUUCAGUUGGGAUUGUGGUGGCUAUGGGAUGAAUGCACACAGUUGUUUUAUUACUUGUAGGUCACAUUGAUAUGGUGCCAUAUAGGAGUCAUGAAACUCGGCACACAUUUUUCCCCAGGUCACAAAGAACAUUUCAUAAUUUACACUUGUGAAGUCAGGCAUAUUGGAUUUCCUGCUGGAAUAAUCUGCGUUAUUGACAUGU